AUGGGCUGUUUUUCAGAAGGUGAUAAAAAUACAAGAUUCUGCCAUAGUCUGGUAAAAGGAAGAAGGAAAAGAAUCCAGAUCAAGAGGAUUCAAGAUGCUGAUGGAAAUUGGUUAGAGGAUGCUGAUAGAGUUGCUGGGGAAGCUGUUAACUUUUUUCAUAAGCAAUUUACUCAUGAGGAGGUUAGUGAAGAUUCUCCAAUUCUUAAUCAUAUUCCUGAACUGAUUAGAGAGGAGGAUAAUAUGCUACUUGCUGAACAACCUACUUUGGAGAAAGUACAGAAGGCAGUGUUUGAAUUAAAUGGAGAUAGUACUUGUGGCCCUGAUGGAUUUUAUGGGAUAUUUUAUCAGAAGUGUUGGGAGGUGAUCAUGGAUGAUGUAUUUAGUUUUGUUAAAGCUUUCUUUGAUGGUCAGACUCUUCCCAAUUCAAUCACUCACACUAAUCUAGUAUUGCUGCUAAAAAAGAAUGUUGUUGAGUCUUUCUCUGAUAUGAGACCCAUAAGUCUUAGCAACUUUAUUAAUAAGGUCAUAUCUAGAGUAGUUCAUGGUAGAUUGGACAAAUUACUUACAAGGGUGAUAUCUCCAAAUCAAUCAAGUUUUGUCAAGGACAUGAAUAUAAUUGAGAAUGCACAUGGUUUCAUUCACUCCACAAGGGGUGUCAAUCAGGGUGAUCCACUCUCUCCUGCUCUUUUCGUCAUAGCUGCAGAAGUUCUUUCAAGAGCCUUAAACUCUUUAUUUGAUCAACAUGAUGAUACAAUCAUCUUUUCUGCUGCAGACAACUACUCUUUACAGAUGAUCAUGGAUACUCUUGAAGAAUGUGAGAAGAUAUCUGGACAGCUGAUAAACAAGAGGAAAAGUUCUUUUUAUAUGUUCAGCAAAGUUUCAAAUGAGUUGAGUCAGCAGGUUGCAGCAGUAACAGGAUUUGUGAGAGGGAAAUUUCCUUUUACAUAUCUUGGAGUACCAGUUACUCAUGCCAGGAAAAGGAAAGUGGACUAUACUAAGUUUUUGAAGAAAGUCAAAGACAAGUUGCAAACUUGGAAAGGAAAGUUACUGUCUUAUGGUGGAAAAGCAGUGUUGAUUACAAGUGUUCUUCAAAGUAUUCCAAUUCAUGUUCUAUUUGUUAUAAGGCCUCCUAAAUGUGUUAUUAAAGAACUACACAAGAUCUUGCAAGGUUCUUUUGGAAUAAUAAGGAGGAAGGAAGAUGCAGACACGGGUCAUCUUGGCUUAACAUGUGCUUUCCUAAACAUGAAGGAGGAUUGGGAUUCAGGUCUAUUUAUGACAUGUCCAAAGCCUUAUGUGCUAAAAUUUGGUGGUAGGUUAGAACCACUAGUUCACUUUGGGCUAAUUUUAUGUGGAAAAAAUACUGUAAAAAGCAAAUUCCUCAAGUGGUUCAAUGGAAGGGAGGUUCACAAGUGUGGAAAAUGA